GAAAACGCAAAGAGAAAGUGGUCCUCCACAACCCCGUCCUAGCCAGUUUGUUGCACAGUCCCCUGCAACAGCUCUGCAGGUAGGAGCAGGGACAGCUGCUAUGCAUGCAUGUCGGAUCUCGCAUCCAUACAUAGAGCCUAUAAUGAAAUAUCAUCGUGAAACUUGACUGCUAUUUAACAAUCGGUGAGCUUGUAGGCUGCAAAAAGUCUAAGUUAUAGGGAUUCACAGGAGCGAACCCUCAGACUUGGAACAACUCCUUCUGCCUCCAGGGAUCUACCGACACGCACCUCUGAGAAGAAUGGCUUCAUACCUGCAGAACUUUUCUUCCGCAAAUUCUUCCACGCUUCUCUAUAAUAACAACUUAGUAUGCCCAGGCAGCAAUGGCAGUGGUGGCAAUCUGUCUGCUGCGGAGGGCAACUUGUCUUAUCUGUGCAACCAGCAAGAAGCAACGGAUAAGGACACAACUUCGAUCGUGAUCGCCAUCAUCAUCACAGCUCUGUACUCCAUCGUGUGUGUUGUAGGGUUAGUAGGGAAUGUGCUGGUCAUGUAUGUCAUCAUCAGAUUUACGAAAAUGAAGACAGCAACCAACAUCUACAUUUUCAAUCUCGCACUAGCUGAUGCCCUUGUGACAAGCACAUUACCAUUCCAGAGUGUGAACUAUUUAAUGGGGACUUGGCCAUUUGGGGCAAUGCCUUGCAAGGUUGUGAUGUCCAUAGACUAUUACAACAUGUUCACAAGUAUCUUCACACUGACAACAAUGAGUGUUGAUCGAUACAUAGCAGUCUGCCACCCAGUCAAAGCCCUCGAUUUCCGCACUCCAAGAAACGCUAAGAUUGUCAAUGUCUGCAACUGGAUACUGUCUUCGGCAAUAGGUUUGCCUGUGAUGUUGAUGGCAAACCUCAGUUAUGACAAAGGUAUAAUUGACUGUACACUAGAUUUUCCCCAUCCUGCUUGGUACUGGGACAACCUGCUAAAGAUCUGCGUUUUCAUCUUUGCCUUCAUAAUGCCUGUGCUUAUCAUCACUGUUUGCUAUGGACUGAUGAUUCUACGUUUAAAAAGUGUCCGCAUGCUGUCAGGAUCGAAGGAGAAGGACAGGAAUUUAAGAAGAAUCACCAGAAUGGUUCUUGUGGUGGUUGUCGUUUUUAUUGUCUGUUGGACUCCCAUUCACAUCUAUGUAAUCUUAAAAGCUCUGAUCAACAUCUCUCCUUCUGUUGUGCAGACCAUCACCUGGCACUUCUGCAUUGCUUUGGGAUAUACAAACAGCAGUCUUAAUCCUGUCCUUUAUGCUUUCCUCGAUGAAAACUUCAAGAGGUGUUUCCGUGAAUUCUGCACCCCAGCAUCAUCCAUUGUCGAGCAGCAAAACUCCACCAGGGUCCGCAACAACAAUCGAGAUCAUGCCUCCACUGUGCACACUGUGGACAGGACGAACCAUCAGGUAUGACUAGCAGUGGAGAUGUCAUCACUGGACUCACGCUAUCAGCCUGGGGAUGACAUGCAUUCUGAAGUAACUCAGUU